GAGCUGGGUCUUCUCCCGGGCUUAGGGACGGACGGAGCCGGUGGAGUCCGCUGAGCUUGAUUUGAAAGGGCUCUCAUGCUAGCUCACGCACGGGUACGCAAGUUUUCUUGUAUUCUUGAUUUAGUUUUAGCGCAGGGACUGCUUGCUUAUUGGACACCCACUGUGUGCCUGAGCCUUGCAGUCAUUUUAGCAUUUAAUUGACAGUGCAACCACCGUGUACUGGAAAUGCUCUUUUCCCCAGUUUUUCGUGCCUGGCCUUUUGUUCACUGAUGGUUGGGGUGGGCCGGGCUGCCUCCAGUCAUCAAGAUGGUAAAAUGACAUUCUUCCUGAAUCAGUUUUAGACUGACAAGAAAACAAUAGAUGCCAAAUUUCCUCAUUCUUCAGAGUAGGUUGCUUGAAGAGUCUUAGACCUGGCAAAAAAAUUGUCUCAAAACCAGGUUUGUGCCUCAAUACCUAGCUCAAAGUAUGAAAGUGUUGAAGUUGAAGUGGCUGGAAAUUCGAGAUAACUUCUCUGUAGAAUGUUGUUUGAAAUUUGCGACCAAGAUUGAACAAAGUAUAAUUCAAGCUUAUUUCAGCAAACAUCUCCUUGUUCAGGGUUCUCAAAUCUUUUGCUAGGGUGAAUAACACUUUCAGCUCUGCAUUAGAUGAAGAGAUUUACUUUCUUGUCUUAGUUCCUCUCCUAGAUCGCAGGCUCCUCACGAUAUCCCCUCUCAUCGUAGAAUCCCCCAAAAUGCCUCAUCAGUGCCGGCUGACUUAGUGAGUCAUAGAUAUUUGUUGAAUGAAUGAGUGAGUAAGCAGUUGAGCUUAGCUUAAGAACAGGCUCCUCCCCCUCCCCUUUUGCAGUCGAACCCAAUACCAAAAGUGACAGAGUACUGACCUGGUCACAUAGCAUCUGUUGACAGUUCAUAGCAGCUUCACCUGUAAUUGCCCAAAACAGGAAACAACCAAAAUGAUCUACAAUAAGUGAAUGGCUAAACAAACUGUGUUAUAUGGUAAUCAUUUUGCAAUAUAUACAUGUAUUAAAUCGCAUUGUAUACCUUAGAUUUACACAAUGUUGUAUGUCAAUUAUGUCUCAAUAAAGCUGGGAAAAAACAGUACAUCUAUACUGUGAAAGACCACUCAGCAAUAAAAAGGAACAAACUAUUAAUACAACUUCAGUGGAUCUAAAUGGCAUUAUGUUGAGCGCAAAAAGCCCAUCUCAAAACAUCAUAUAACAUUCUCAAAACGAUGUCAUUUUAGAGAUGGAAAACAGUUUAGUGGUUUCCAGGAAUUAGUAAAGCCAGGAUGAGGGUGAGGGGUAGUUAGAGGAUGGGUGUGACUAUAAAGGGAGAUCUUUGUGGAUGAUGGAGUGUCUUGAUUGCAGUGGUGGUUACACGUGUAGUAAAAUGACAUAGAACUAUAUACACACUUUCUUCCAAUGGCAAUUUCCUGGCUUUUAGCUUAUGCUAUUAUUUUAUAACAUGUAAUCAAUGGAGUUAACUGGAUGUAGGGUACACAGGGUCUCUCUAUACUAACUUUGCAACUUCCUGUAAAUCUAUAAUUACUCCAAAGUUCAAAAGUUAAAGAAAAAACUACAUCACCCCUGUUAUAUUCUUAUCACAAAAUAUUUAACCUGAAUCUAGUUAUGAUUAGUAAAAUAACACUAAUAGUAAAAAAAAUUAAUAGUGAAACAAUUAAUUUGCUAUUCUUUCUUAAAGGGAAAUAAUUUUGGCAUUUUCUUUUAUCAGAUGAUGUGAAAUAAUAACAAACAUGUAUGUAUUGGUCUUUGACCUCAGUGCCUAACACAGAGCUCCUAGAGCCUUUGUAAUUUCCUAAGUGAUGGGUGCAACUUACGCAGAGCUCCUAAAUUCCUUGGAAUUUCCUGGGUGACUGGAACAUCUUUUGUUCUAAUGGGCUGAUUCUAGGUGGGGUCCUGGUUGGGGGCUGGUCACCAGAAAGACCAAACUGUGAUCAGCCCCAUUCCCCAAUCCUCCCAGGACAAGAAAAGGACUAAAGAUCAAGUUAAUAUUCAAUCAUAUCAAAACCUCCAUAAAAGUCCCUAAAGUAUGGAGUUCUGAGAACUUCCAGGUUGGUAAAGUAGAAUACUUCCACACACUGGAAGGGUGGAACACCACAGACUCCACAGGGACCGAAACUCCCGAGCUCGGGACCUCUCAUGGGUAUCUUUUCAUCUGACUGUCCGUUUGUAUCUUUUCAUAUCCUUUGAAAUAAAUCAGUAAUAGCAAAGUAUUUUCCCAAGUUCUGUGAGCCUUUUGGCAAAUGAUGGAACCGAAGGUGGAGGUCGUGGGAGCACCCAAUUUGUUGCCAAAUUGGACAAAAGUUGUGUGUAACCCGAGACCCACUACUUAAUGAUUAGCAUCUUAGCAAGGGAAGUCUUAUGAGUUCGAGCCCUGAACCUGUAGAGUUAACUCCAGUUAGAGUCAAAAUCGAGUUAAAUGACAGGACACCCAGCUGGUGUCCACAGAGAACUGGAGAAUUGCUUGGUGUGGAAUUGCUUGGUGAUAUCAGAAGUGGUAUGAGUGACAGUAGUACAGAAAAGCCCUGUUUUCCCACUCAGAAGGUAAAAGUAAUUUAUGCCUGAGACAUUGUGAUUUAUUGAGAGCUUUGCCCAGACAUCUGAAGAAGCUACAAGUACCUUACAUAAAAAACAUACCUACAGACUGAAUCACUAUGCCCCUUACCUUUGUUCAUGGUGUUUUUUAAUGCCACAUGUGGUCUUAUGGUACUGUCUUUCCUGUUCCGUAGGUUUUCUUUCUAGCUAUCUUCUAGUGACAGGAAAUUCAGAAAAACCAAUCGACCUGUUUCUCCAGGUGGGAGAUAUCCUUGAUGCCUCAAAUUCUGCCAGGAAAGUAGAGCUGAGAUCAAGUAAUACGAAGGAGGGGCUCUUCCAACCCAUUCGGAAAGCCUCUCCCCUGUCUGUCCCAUGGGCAGUGUCACGCAGCAUCCAAAGGAAACUGGAAGAAUUUUUGCUGAACUAUUUGGGGGUGUCGUCCUAAAAGUAAACAGGGGUGGGAGGUGGGGGACAGGCAGGAUGCUGGGUCUGGUCCCUCAUGUCCUUGUCUGGCACGAGGGGCAGAGCCUCAUUUCCUGGGACAGUCAGGGAUAUCCCAAGCAGAGGCCUCUCCCGCCCCUGAGUCUCCUACUUCUUUCAUUUCCUUCUCCUCCUUUCCCCGUCCAGCUUCACAGAGAUUUGCACUUUGCUCUUUCUUCUCUUUAUUCAUUCUUUACUCCAAAACAUAUUUACUAAGUUCCUGAUCUAAGAGAAAAAAGAUUGACAAAUCCACAUUUUUCAUGAGACUUAUUCCACUAGAGGUGAGGGACAAAAACAAGUAAACAUAAUAAAGCACCAAUUUUCUGGUGCCUAUGUGUCCCCAAACUAAGGCACAUCAAGGUUAAUUAACUUGCCCAAGGUCACAACUAAGAAUUCCAACCCAGGCACUGGUCAGAGAUCGUGCUAUUGACCGCCACCCAUGCUGCCUCCCUGGUAAUUUCAGUUAUGGGACUAGGGAUCUGUGCCAUUUGUCAGCCAAGGUAAAAUGUUUUGUGCAAGAAAUCUGUAAAUCUUGGGGCGCAGGAGAGGGAUGAUCUCAUACAAAAUAAAAUUCCCAAGAAUUGCAGUUGAAGUUUUAUAAAAAGGAGGACUAUGGACUUCUCACACUUCCAAGAAAGGGAUUUUGGAGGGAAAAUAUUGCUCCUGGCGCUGGGAUAUGGUGGAUUUAGUCUUUCCUGAAGAAGACCCGCCCACACUCGCCCCCGUGCAAAGGAAAGAUCGUGGUGGCUGUAGACUCUGCACCUAGUGUUCCCACACGGCCGCCAAGAUGUCAGCCAAAGCCAUAGAGGAUGGGGAAGUUGCUGCUGCCGACGCCGUCCUGCCAGAAUUUGGGUCGGAUGAGGAGGAGGAGCUUUCCCAAUCAUCCAUCCAGGCCUCUGAUGGUUCUACUCCUGCGAAGCCACCACAGGGGCCACCACAGGGGCCACCUCAGGGGCCACCUCAAGGACCAGACGGAUCUGGCUCUGACCCCACCGACCCACCCAAGAACAGAGGAAGUAAUUUUACCCACCAUGCAGCCAGGGUUGGUGCUGCUGUGAUUGGAGGAGUUGUGGCCGUGGGGGCUGUGCCGGUGGUGCUGGGCGCCGUGGGCUUCACCGGGGCAGGAAUUGCCGCCUCCUCCUUAGCGGCCAAGAUGAUGUCCGCGGCCGCCAUCGCCAAUGGGGGCGGAGUUGCUGCCGGCAGUCUGGUGGCGACUCUCCAGUCCGUGGGGGCAGCCGGACUCUCCACGUCAGCCAACAUCAUCUUGGGUUCCGCUGGCUCAACUAUUGGGGCCUGGCUGUGGGGUUUAAAAAAGGCACCUCCUUCGUCUCCUUCACCAGGACCCGGCACUAAAGCGAAAAGGGGCUCCCAGGUUGGAGAUGACCCUCCAGGGCCUCAGGAUGAUACUCCCCCAAAUGACAAGUCCCCUCCCUCCUAAAAUUGUCCACAGAAGCAUGAGAAAUAAAGAUGAGAUGCCGUGACCUCCACAA